UUGUUACUGCUGCUACUGCUCCUAUUCUUACAAGUGCCACUACUGCUAUUGUUACUACUGCUACUACAGCUGCUAUUACUGUUGCUACUAGUACUACUACUAAUAAUGAUGAUGAUGAUGAUGAUGAUAAAAUUGUCAGCACACAUGAGUAGUUGUAGCCAAGAUACACAUUGGUGCUGGACAAUUGCCACAUGACAAACAAAACGGGAACAAACACGAAGGCAGUGAGAGGACAAAAACCCUGUCGAGGUCCAAGUUCAAGUCCGGCAGCUCACAUUUGCCUAUCGAAUAAGGACAAAAGGACUGUCCUGCCCCCCUGCUUGUCUACUCAUCAUCUCCUAGUCUGGGACAGGCAGUGUCUAUAAGGAAGUUUGCGAUGGAAAAUAGCUAUGAGCUGCAGGCACAGUCUAAUCUGAACACCCAGGAGGACGCCAGAGAGGACGUUGAACCCCCAACCCAGGGACGGGGACAAUGGGCAAACAAGACGGAGUUCCUACUUGCCGUGGUGGGACAGAUCAUCGGUUUGGGCAACGUGUGGAGGUUCCCCUACCUGUGCUACAAGAACGGAGGAGGGGCGUUCUUCAUCCCCUACGUUGCGUUCCUGUUCACCUGCGGAAUCCCCCUCUUCCUCCUUGAGACGUCCCUGGGGCAGUUCACCAGCGAGGGGGGCAUCACCUGCUGGAGGAGCAUCUGCCCCCUGUUUCAGGGACUGGGCUUUGGAACCCAAGUGGUGAUUUCAUACAGCACGAUCUACUACAUCAUCAUUCUGGCCUGGUCCUUCUUCUACCUCUUCGCUUCCUUCAGUUCUGAACUUCCCUGGGCUAGCUGUGGAAACUACUGGAACACAGCCACCUGUAUUGAAUUUGAGGAGAGGAACAUCUCAAACAACUGGACGUCAGCUGACAGCGCUACCUCACCAGUGAAGGAAUUUUGGGAGAGACGUGUGUUGAACAUCUCAGAUGGUAUCCACAACCUGGGCACCCCAAGAUGGGAGUUGGCUCUUUGUCUUCUGCUUUCCUGGAUUAUCUGCUACUUCUGUGUUUGGAAAGGUGUGAGAUCCACUGGAAAGGUGGUGUACUUCACGGCCACCUUCCCUUAUGUGAUGCUGUUGAUUUUGCUGGUUCGAGGACUCACCCUGCCUGGAGCUAAGGAGGGUAUCAUCUUCUAUCUGUACCCCGAUGUCCAUCGUCUCGCUGACCCUCAGGUAUGGAUGGAUGCUGGAACACAGAUAUUUUUCUCCUAUGCUAUUUGUCUUGGCUGUCUGACAGCCCUGGGCAGCUACAACAAGUACAACAACAACUGCUACAAAGACUGCAUGUAUCUGUGCCUCCUGAACAGCGGGACAAGCUUUGUGGCUGGAUUUUCCAUCUUCUCUGUGCUGGGCUUCAUGGCCCGUGAGCAAGGAGUGGACAUCUCUGAGGUGGCUGAAUCAGGUCCAGGUCUGGCAUUCAUUGUGUACCCUCGAGCAGUGGCCAUGAUGCCCCUGCCUCAGUUAUGGGCAAUUUGCUUCUUCAUCAUGAUCAUCCUGCUUGGUCUGGACACUGAGUUUGUUGGCCUGGAGGCUCUUAUGACGGCCAUCUCUGACAUGUACCCUGUGAUCUAUCAAAGUGAUGAGCGCCGCAAGAUCCUCCUCCUUAUCAUCAGUGUAGGAGGCUUCCUCACUGGCCUGGUCAUGGUGACAGAGGGUGGGAUGUAUGUAUUCCAACUGCUUGAUUACUACGCCUGCAGUGGAAUGACCCUCCUGAUCUUUGCCAUCCUUCAGUCGAUCUGUGUUGGGUGGAUUUAUGGUGCAAACCUAAUGUACAAUAACAUCGAGGACAUGAUCGGGUAUCGACCAUCAUCUCUUUUUAAAUAUUGCUGGCGGUAUUUUACCCCCUUUAUCUGUGCGGCCACGUUCAUCUUUGCCCUGAUCAGGUUCACCCCACUGAAAUUCAGCAACGUCUAUGAGUACCCCUGGUGGGGUCACGCCAUUGGUUGGUUCUUCACCCUCUCCUCUACACUCAUGGUUCCUCUUUGUAUGGUCUAUGGCAUGGCUACAACCCCUGGGACCAUACGGCAGCGACUGCGUGCUCUCUGCACACCAGCAGAAGCCCUUCCCCAACCGAGGGCACAAAAGCAGUCUCUUUUCCCUGAGCUGUACUGACCUACAGGACUCCAAAGUGGACGCGUAUCAGCUAAUGGUGCUGAUGGUGCAUCCCUCACAGACAGUCUCUGCCCUCAUUCACUUCUCUUGAGAGGCUCCUUUAUGAAGAAAUGAGACCAUGAUUGUUUUCACUGAUAAAUGGAGGCAAUACUCUGUAGUAUAGAAAUCAAGGCUCUGAAAUACUUUCCCACCGACCAUCUGCAGCAGAAUUCCUGGUGGUGGCAACUUCCCUGGAGGUUCACCUGAACAGGAUGGGUUCCUGCUAUAGGUAGUAAAUCAAACAUCUAGAUAUCAAGAAUCAUGUGUCUCUAUCCAAAGCUCUCCUUCUACUGGCAAGAUGCACUUUUUCUA